UAUAAGAAAAAAGAAAAAAACUUUAUACACUCAAACUAAGCGAUCCGCUAAUUCGCAGUCACUGGUUUUUUUUUUUUUCUUUUUUUCCACCCAGACUAUACCCAAAUAAACCAGAAAAGAUAAGAGAGGAAUUACUCACGCUUAUCUCACAGUGUACUAAUGCGAGGGGUAUAUUUCUUCGCAUAGAAUACGAAGUAUUUUUAUACACUACUUCUUUCGGCCCUCUACUUUGCCACAAACAACAACAAAAAUUUCUUUUUUGUAACGGAUAUACUUUUAACGCACCCAGUGUAACCUGUAUCUGUCAGCAAAACCAAAAAGAAGAAACAAAAAUUACCUGUUUUUCAAACACCCUCCUACCCAGCCAUGCUUGUCAAUAAUUUAUCCGAGAAAGACCAACAAGCUAUCAGAGUCCUUCAAAAAGAAAUAAGCUCACUUUAUGCUGCUGUCUCUACAGACUACAUGGUCGAAUGGGACCAAGAGUGCAAAAAACAAAGGUACACAGAAUGCCCUGAUUCCGUCAAGCAGGUCGAACAAGGUGCUCGUGAUUUAGGCAUUCUUGAAAAGUGUCAAAUUAUUCCUGUCGAAUCCGAUUACUAUGACUGGGAACUUCAACAACGAGCUUUCAGAGUCAAUGCUCCUUCCAAGGAACACAUGUGCAAGAGUGUAGUGUUGGAAAACACACGUUGCACACACGAGGAUAUUUCAGACCCAUUGUACUCCAGAUACUACUGUGUGAUUACUCAGUAUGUUAAGCCUGUGAACACUCAGAAAUUAUUGAAUUUCUGUCGUGGAUUAAAGAACAAGGAAAUCAGCAAAAAGUUUUACAAUUACCGUCUUGCUGAUUCAGAGGUCUCGUUUGAAUUGACAGGCUAUAAAUCCGGUGGCGUAUGUCCUGUGGGUAUGAAGCAGCCCAUCCCCAUCAUUCUUGCUGAAUCCAUCACCAAACUUGAGCCCGCUGUGAUUUAUUUGGGUGCUGGACAUAUCGAUUGGAAAUUAGGUGUUCCUGUCUCUUCCUUGAUUCACUCCACCAACUGCUUUGUCACUGAUUUGGAUUAAAAUUCCGAAAACUUUUUUUAGAAUAAAUUACAAUAGACAUGUUUUUAAACAGGUCAUGUGUGUGCGCGUGUGUGUGUGUUUCCUAAAACAAUCUCAG